GCAACAGAUCCAUCCGCAAUAAACGCAAUCCAUCAGCAGCAGUCACGGUAGCUGUCACAUCUGUCGUUGGCGUCGCGGUGCCAAACGCUUAAAGCGACGCGGGCAUGUCUUUAACAAGCCCGUGACCGAGUUCACUGGAAGCCGCCGGUCGUCUGAGCAGUCGACAUGGUGUAUUCGUGGGCAGCCAUCGCCUGCCUGUUGCUCGUUGGCGCUGCCGGCUGGCGCGCGCCUCCCGCUCAUAGACAGCAUUCGUUGCCAUGGGAGGAUUCCAACUGGCAGCUAGCCAAUCGCAGUCUGUUGGGCCAAGUGGCAGGUGUUGCCGUCGACAACCAGGGCCAGCUGUACAUCUUUCACCGUGGCCCGGUCGUCUGGGACCAGACCUCAUUCACGGCUGGCCACGUAUACCGACACCAAGAUGCUGUGAUCAAGGAGCCGACCAUCUGCGUGGUGGACCCACAGUCGGGUGGCCUGCUUCAACACUGGGGACAGAACAUGUUCUACAUGCCACACAGCAUUCAUGUUGACCCGGACGACAAUGUGUGGACAACGGAUGUGGCAUUACAUCAGGUUUUCAGGUUCGGGUCGUCAGGCCCUCCACUGGUGUUGGGCCGCGCCUUCGAGCCAGGUGGUGGCAGAAAACAUUUCUGCAAGCCGACGGGUGUUGCCUUGGGUCCUUCGGGGCGCAUCUUUGUUAGCGACGGCUACUGCAACCACCGUAUUGCCGUAUUCACCCGGGACGGCGCCCACCUCACCGACAUCGGGCUCCAAGAGCGUAUGCUGGUGCCACACGGUGUGGCCUACGUGCCCACCAUGAACGUGGUGUGUGUGGCGGACCGCGAGCGGCGCCGGGUGCUGUGCUACUGGGCGGGCGCACGAGGUCCACGACCGGGUCGCGACCUGGGUGACCUUGUGCUUGCCUAUGGGGAGCCCCUGCAGCGCGUGUAUGGCAUUGCUGCCAGAGGACACACCCUGUACGGCGUGCAGUCCUUGGCCCCCAACCAGUCAUCAGCAUUCCGACUGGAGCUGGAGCCGGGUGCCAGCCCAGAGAGCUUCUCUCCCGGAUCAGUGCCCAUGGUGCAGCCGCAUGCCAUUGCCCUCACUCCUGAUGGUCAGUCACUCUACGUGGCUGACCUGGACAGCCCGCGGAAGGUGUUCAAGUUCCAUGUCUGAGCUCCCAGCCCUCCUGUACUCACAAUUGCUGCACGGCGCACAUUACAGCGACAGGGGGGGUGCUCAGUCCUCCCCAUCCUGACUGGGCACAGCAGAGCUGUAGGGUCACAACAGAGCUGUGAGCUGACAGUUUCCUAACAGUGUCACGCAACUGCCUGACGAUGAGCCAUCGAAGAGCGAGCAGCCAUGGUGAAGCACCACAUGCAUCAUGCCAAAGGCUUCACUCGCACUAGCUAGUCGUCUUUUCUUCCACUUUCAUUUCACUCCUUUCCCUUUGUGAGGAAUACGAAGAUAAAGCACAACUUAACCCUCCCUUAUAUUCUACUGAACAGCUUCAUAUACCAGCUCUGUAUACAGUUGUAUUGUUCGCACAAACUGUGAUUGCAGAUUUACUUUCGUCAUCCCAAAGUACGAGUACACACCUACAUAUUUACAAAAUACAGUCCAAUUUCGAGAUUGGAUAUUAUGAAGCAUAAAUAUCCAAUAUCCAGCACUUGUCUUCAUCCCACCUUUAUUAUUGUCCUUUGUCUCAUUUUGCGCUGUUUAAACAAGAAGUAAAUAUAAAGUGUCUUUCGCCAGUAUCAGCAUGUAAUGAAUAUGUACGUAUAAUGAAUAUUGGAUAUAACGAAGGGAUUUUUGGGUUUUAUGAGACUUCAUUAUGAAGAGAUUUGACUGACCAUUCCUAGUCACUUGAACUGGCAGAUUUUUUUUUUUCAUGGGACACAAGCCAAGCCAUUAAUGUGUUGUUUGUCUACGAAGAUUUAUGUCUUAACGGGUUGAAGGAGUCACAAGAACAUAAACCCCCGUAUUCAUAAAACGUUCUUCCACUCGGCACUCCACCUCGACUCACGAAAGUAGAGGGUAGUGCCGCCCCUCGACAGGAAUGGUCAUUGCGCUUCUAUAACACUCCCCAGCAAUUCAAAAGUGUACAUUCUUCAGUCAAGGGGUGGCACUGUGCUCAACUCAGCGGAGUGGAGGAAGAGUUUCAAACCGAGGAUCGUUUGAGAAUACGGGAGGUUAGACUUGAGUAGGUGAGCAAAGGAAGGCCAUAGUCAAGAGCCAACGUUUCAAUAACAGAGGCAGUAUUCUUGAGCAAUCACUUUCGGGGAUACGAUCAUUUUCACGAGAUUCCGUGUGACUCGGCACCAGAUGCGUCGAAGGAUUUGGCCGACAGUGUUCCUGGCACUGCGCAAAGAUAGUGAGCUUGGCAUGGUGCCAGCAACGCUGUAGGCCAUAUAUGCUGACACGUCCGUGCCGACUCGCGCGAAUUCUCACAAAAGUGAUUGCCAUAGAUUAUUACCCCCGACUUUCCCCGACAAAGACAGACCUCCUUGUCGAAAUGUUGGCUCUGGGCUGAGGCUUCCGUUGUUCACACACUGCGGAUCAAAUUGCAUCUAUAUGUUUGUUUUUACAUGCUCUUUUGUCAGCGUGUUGCAUCUGAUCUCGUCAUCAUCACAGCCAGAUAGACAAUUGGCUGUGAAAUGUUUGUCACUGUUGUCAGCUUUAAGCCUUGCGUGAGAGGAGUAUGUACUUAUGUUUCCUUGAAACUGUGUCACAAGCAGCGGACGACUCCCUCUUUUUUUGCCUGUGAUACCUGCGCUUAUGGUUUGUGGAGGCAGACAUUUUUAGCCAGUUCUACACGCUAUACAUCUUUGUGGCCCAGAAAAGGUUGUUCCGCUAAAUGGUUUAAUGCUGUCGUUAAUAAUAUUCAGUCUCACUUUUCUAUAUGUACAAGAGCUACGGAAACACUACAGUAUUCAUCGUGUUAUAGCAAUUUGUGUCGUCUUGUGUCAGCAUUACAAGCGGUAUGUUGCAACACAUUGAAGAGAGACUAAACAAAGAUAUAGUAGGUUAGCCACAAUUUGCAGAUUAUGCUUUCUUGUGUUAUGGAUAAGUCAGUCUUAUUAAUGGAGGCACAAGAACAAUCUUUAAGUUCCUGAACCAGCUCUCUCUGACAUAGUUUCGAUUGCAUCAUUCAAAAGUGAACAAGGGCACUACCUUCAGUAACCAGCCGAGACCUGGCGGGACAACAUUCCUUCAUAAACCAGGUCAAAUUGGUCGCUGAGGCCAGUGGGGCCCUGACUAAAGGGGCUCUGACCAUUCCACCAAAAUCCUUCUGAACAAUAAAAGUUCUCUCUCUCGGUGAACAAACUCCCUGAACAAAGAGAGCCUAGAUACGGUUCCACUUCGAAAUUGUAUCUUGUAAGGCCAAAUAAGUCCAAAUAGUUUUCAAAUAACCUAAUAGUUUAAACUGAACCCUUGUUUUUUCUUCAAGCAUCCUUUUUAAUUUAUUUGUAUCAGUCACUUUGCCUUUUCGGGAAUAUCCCACAUAUUACACAAGCAGUGUCCCAGAAAGAAGUUUAUUUCAUUCAGUAACUAUCACUCACUUUGUUCACACAUAUCAGACACUCCAGCACCAGUAUCAAUUACCUAAGUACCCAUGCUAGGAGCCUACUUUGAAACGGGCAGCUGUCUAAGUGACCCGGCUAAACUAACUUUUGCAAUUUUACAUUGGGUUAUGAGGUGCAACACGCCUUGUAUGAACUGCUGUGAUGUCGCGGAGCAUAGUGCCAGUCCGAAGAAGUAAACUACAUUUAAUGUUUCAUGUUUUGUGUAUACGUGAAGCUGUACAUUGACUCUACCAACCAAAUCGGUGAAAGUGUUUGGAUUACUGUAGCCGCCUGUUCAUGUUUGGCUGUGAAAUCUUGUUUUGGAGGCGCUUGUACCAACGGUGAAAGUGGGGGCCGUAUUCUCAGUCGGUCACUUUUAAGGAUACAAUCACAUCUGCAAGAUCUUGCUUGACUUGUACUGGACAAGUCGGCAUCGGUGGGCGACAGCAUUGCUUGCACACUGCCAAGCACACCAUCUUGACACAGUGCCAAGAAUUCUGUUGCCCAUAGGUGCCGACUUUUCGGGUGCCGAGUUCUCAGAAAUGCGAUUGCGUCCCAGAAAGUGAUUGAUCAAGAAUACUGCCUUCAGUGCGAACAAGACUUUGAAUCUGCAUACUGUUUCUGCGGUGCAACAGCUGCCGGUGGAAAGUUCACAAUCUGCAUAGCUUUAAAGAUGUUGAUGGGCUUUUCAGUUCAUGUUGUUGUCUUAAGAGGAAGCUUUAGCUCUCGGGCCCAACUCCGGUGCCUCCUACUUAAAUACACGCAAAAUGCAGACACCUUUUCUGGAUAACCAUUGGGCCGAUUUUAAUUAAAUUUGUUGGAUUUGAGAAAGUUAAAUUCUAGCGACUGUUGGAAGUGGAAUUUCGACUUAGGGCUUGAAUUUUUUUAAGGAAUUUUCAAAAAUUGCCAAGUUUGAAAAAAAAAUAGAAGCACGAAGUUUAGAAAUCUGUAGCUCGGCACCAGAUAUCGCAGUUCUGUAAAUUGCAUCCAUUAGAGCUUCCAGAGUGGACAUAUUUGAUAUGUAAAUUUAUAUCACAUGAAUUUGUUACAUCGGUUACAAGGGUCUUGCAAAAGCUCUACUCGCAUAUUAGCGGUUUACUUUAGAGCCAUGUAUAAUGUAUCGAUUUUGUCCGCUUUAGAUGCAAUAAUGGGUGCAGUUUACAGAAUUGAUAUCAUUUUUCAUUGCCGAGGUAAAGAGUUGUAAACUUGAUAGUUUUGGUUUCUGAAAGUUUGCGAUUUUUGCCAUUUAUUAAAAAAUUUACGACCUAAAUCAAAAAUUCGCAACCAACAGCCACUAGAUUUUAACUUUUGCUUUUAAAUGCAACAAACCUCAUCAAAUUUUGUGCACUGGUUGCCUCCUUUCUCCUUUCCCAUGUACUAUUUAGAUGGGAGCCCCCAAGCUAAAGCUUCCUUUUAAGGGCUUUUCGUUCACGUUGUUGUUGUCUUAACCAUGCUGCAAUUCUUGUGUUCAUGUAGUGAUCUCCAUGCUGUUGUCCUCGCAGCCUUCUUUAGUCACAUGCUGCCCACCCGUUGCGAUGCAUGUAUACCCAUGCCACACGAUUAAACGUGUCACACCAAAGAAACUCUGCUGCCUUGCGUCCACGCCAGAA